AAUUCGUAAAGUGGUGGAUUAGCGGGCUUUAAUGGGUGACUAAUAACCUUCCGAAUCGCCCCGCCGGCGCCGCGUCGUUUUCCCCAGAAAAUGGCCCGCCGACCGUCGGCAGCUCGGCAAUCAGGAUGAUGUGGCAAUACAAAGCCCUUUUCUUUAUCUACUUGCAGUGGGCAACCACCACCAUCUCCAGAAGCAGGCCGGCGGACUUUCGGCGACAGGCGUCCCACACUUAAAUAAUAAAUGUUGCCCCACGUGUCACCAGCUGCCG